AUGCCUUCUCUCCGUCGUACCUUUUCUUCUCCCUCCGUUCGCUCGUCGCCCUACCCCAGCUCCUUGUCGUCCAGUCAAGCAGGGGCCCGUGCUCACGGCCACGGGCACAGGCGAUCGUCCGGUUCAGAGACGAGCAGCAGGAGAGUCCUAGCAGACAUAGAGUGGUGGAGGGUCUCUGGGGGACAGCGGGACCUGGAGUCCGACGACCGCGUUGACGGAGCAUUAGGCGAUGUCAUAGGGAACAGCAUCGGGGUCCCAGCGACGCCCGAGCAGGAGCCCAGUGUUGAGCGCCCGACGACGCCCUCACCGUGGGCAAUGUCGAACUUGGAAGAGGCCAACCACGUUCUGCCUAUUCCUUCAUUCGCGGCAUUGGGUAUUGCGCCGCAGACCCCUCCACGUCGUGGGCAUGGCUCGGAAAGCUCAACCUCUUCCGUCGAAUCCAGCCCGGCCAGCCCGGAAUGGGUUGGCCCGUCUCUUGAAGGAUUACGUCGCGGUUUCGCGGACCUCAGUCUGGGUUACCCAGAGUCCACUGAAAAGAACUUAUUGCCAAGAUUCCAGCGCAGGGGCCCCAUUCCUCCCCUUCGAUCCCUUUCCUUCGGCGAUGCUUCCUUCUUCAAUGAACCUAUCGGGCAGUACGCCGACUUCAGCGUUUCACCCCUCUCAUCCAGCGCCCUCGAUUUCUUGAACUAG